CCGCCGCCGCCAUUUGCAACAGGAGCCGCUUGCAGGAGGCAGCAGGAGUAGCAGCUCCACAUCAGUACUCACCCUCUAAGCCAGUAUGCUGUCUGCUCGUCUGGUAACCGUCUCAGUCCGGUCUCUGCUGAGGCAACGAGCUCACGUGGCAAAACAUGCCCUUCCUGCAGCUUUUGUAGGCACCAAGAAUCUUCAUACUUCAAGAACAUGGCUACAAAAGACAGGUACUGCAGAGGUUUCCUCCAUUCUGGAAGAACGUAUCUUGGGAGCUGACACUUCUGCUGACCUGGAAGAGACAGGUCGUGUGCUGUCAAUCGGUGAUGGUAUUGCUCGUGUGUAUGGUCUCAGAAAUGUGCAGGCUGAAGAAAUGGUUGAAUUCUCCUCUGGUCUGAAGGGAAUGUCUCUGAACUUGGAACCUGACAAUGUUGGUGUUGUCGUAUUUGGUAAUGACAAGCUAAUCAAGGAAGGUGACAUUGUGAAGAGAACUGGUGCCAUUGUGGAUGUUCCUGUCGGAGAAGAGCUGCUUGGACGUGUUGUAGAUGCUCUGGGUAAUGCCAUUGAUGGAAAGGGUCCACUUGGCGCGAAGAACCGUAGACGUGUGGGACUGAAAGCCCCUGGUAUUAUUCCUAGGAUCUCUGUGCGGGAACCCAUGCAGACUGGCAUUAAAGCAGUCGACAGUCUAGUGCCCAUUGGCCGUGGGCAACGAGAGCUGAUCAUUGGUGACAGACAGACUGGAAAAACUGGUAUUGCUAUUGACACCAUCAUUAAUCAGAAGAGAUUCAAUGACGGCACUGAUGAAAAGAAAAAGCUAUACUGCAUCUAUGUUGCCAUUGGUCAGAAAAGAUCCACUGUGGCUCAGCUGGUGAAGAGAUUGACAGAUGCAGAUGCUAUGAAAUACACCAUUGUGGUCUCUGCCACAGCCUCUGAUGCUGCUCCACUGCAGUACCUGGCCCCAUAUUCUGGCUGCUCCAUGGGAGAAUAUUUCAGAGACAAUGGCAAACAUGCACUGAUUAUCUAUGAUGAUUUGUCCAAACAGGCUGUCGCCUACCGCCAGAUGUCCCUGCUACUGCGUCGUCCCCCAGGUCGUGAAGCCUACCCUGGUGAUGUGUUUUACCUGCAUUCACGUCUGUUGGAGAGAGCAGCCAAAAUGAAUGAUAACUUCGGUGGUGGCUCCCUUACUGCUCUUCCUGUCAUUGAGACCCAGGCUGGUGAUGUGUCUGCUUACAUUCCCACAAACGUCAUCUCCAUCACUGAUGGUCAAAUCUUUUUGGAAACGGAACUGUUCUAUAAAGGUAUUCGCCCAGCUAUCAAUGUGGGUCUGUCUGUGUCACGUGUUGGAUCUGCUGCCCAAACCAAAGCCAUGAAACAGGUGGCUGGUACCAUGAAACUGGAAUUGGCUCAGUUCCGUGAAGUUGCAGCUUUUGCCCAGUUUGGCUCUGACUUAGAUGCAGCCACGCAACAACUUUUGAAUCGUGGUGUUCGUUUAACAGAGUUGCUGAAACAAGGACAAUAUGUUCCCAUGGCUAUUGAAGAACAGGUUGCAGUAAUUUAUGCUGGUGUCAGAGGCCACUUGGAUAAAAUGGAACCUAGCAAGAUCACAAAGUUUGAACCUGCUUUCUUGGCCCACGUGAAGAGUCAACACCAGGAUGUCCUGGAAACAAUUAGGGCUGAAGGACAAAUAAGUAAUGAGAUGGAAGCCAAGCUGAAGAAGAUUGUAGUGGACUUCUUGUCAACCUUUGAGGCAUAAGCUCAUUCCCAUGUCCACCAACCUAUCUUGUUGAUGUUUCGCUGAAUGCUCUGGUUCCUCAUCACGUGAACUGUUGGAAAUCAGUUUAUGCUUUUGUUUAAAAUGUACAGAAGGUUUUCGCUUCAGAAUAAAAUAUUCCAGUCUAUUCAA